AUGGCGUCCCACGACAGCACGUCCACUGCAAGCAGUGAAACUGCCAUUGUGGACGAAGAGAAGGACGACUCGACGCACGACAACGUCCGAUCGGACUCGGAAGAUGAAGACGAGAACCAGAAGAUUCUCAAUGCCGCUUGGGGAAAGCACGGGAGAUGUUGGAUGUGGACAGGAUAUCAUCGGUCUCAUGUGGACGAUUUGACUCGGUUUGCAAGUGAGCUCGACUACACGACAAUCUACAACUACCAAAAUUACGCGGCCUCGGACUUUGGCGAGAUCGCCCUCCCGGGAGCCUUGAUGACGGUCGGCACCAUCGUCAGCCGCCGUGCUCAAGCCGCCUCUGGCCAAGAUCUCCGACGUGAUGGGCCGUGCCGAGACGUACGCCGUGGUCGUUGUCUGCCACGUCGUGUCCUACAUCAUCUGUGCGUCGCGGCGCGCGGGUUCGGGCAGUAUACUGGGGGAUACAUCGUCUACAGCAUCGGGCAGACGGGGGUGCAGAUCCUCAACCAGGUCAUUGUGGCCGACAUUACGUCGUCAUGCCGAUUUCUCAUCCCAGAACAAGAACGAGCGAUAGUGAUAAUCAAGACCACUUUCUCCGUAGUAUCCGACCAAACCGACCGAAUGAUUAGGACGGGGGGAGUGUGUGUGUGGACGCUCAUAUGA